GUUUAAAGAAAAAUGAAUACUGCCUCAACUUCAGAAAGUGGAUCAUAUUCCCCAAGCAACUCAAGACCCUUUUUUUAUGCUCAGCCAUCAGCACAACAGCCUUAUCCAAAUCCAUGGUACCUCAGCCAUGGAUACAGUCCAUAUUAUGUACCUGCUCCAGGCUUCCGAAGUGGAAAUCCAUAUUUGCCGUUUUAUUCUGUUGCGCUCCAUGAGUACCCUGGAUUUUUUGUUCCACAGCAUCCAAUGCAUGCAAGAGUUAACAGAAGGCCUUAUUUUAAUGCUGCCCUACCUUCCCCUAUGUUUUAUCAUGCAACAAGAUUUAGACACUAUAAUACCCCUGGGAAAAAAACGGAGACAAAAGAAACACAGACUGAUCCUAGACAGCCUGAAAGCAAGCAAAAAAAGCAUCAAGAUAUCCGUACAGAAACGAAAGGUUGUGAUGCAGGAAAUAUGGCCUGUGUUUCUUCUGGUAUAGGUACAGAGACUGAGAGUACCUCAGAGAAACAGGAUUCAUCUGGAUCUUCCAUUGUGGUAGACAGAGAGUUUCAUAACAAGGACCCUGCCAGCUCUACACAGUAUAGAAAUCUUCCUACUGGAAGCUAUGCCUUUGAGAAGGAAGAAGUGAGGAUAGAAUAUGGAAAUGGCUCUCCAGCUAUUCAACUGUGGAAGUCCUUUAAAGAAACUAUCCCUUUGUAUGAUGUGGCAAGUGGUAAAUCAGUCCCAGAGAACAUAGUGCCAUGUGACUUAUUUUCUGUUAGCUCAUGUGAAGGCAUGAUAUAUGGCCCUCAUGAAAGGAGGCAAAUGGUGCCAGGAGCUUCCUUAGAUGAGAGACAAGCUGUUGUCUCCACAAAACAGGGUGCUGAAGCUGUGCAAGAAAAAGAUGUCCAAAAUAACAAAGUGCAGCUGGAUGCAGAAAAGCUAGCAAAUACAAGUCAACAGGCAAAAUCCCCCCCAGGUGAAACCAUGGCAGUACAAAUCACAGAGCUGGCAAGAUCUGUUGGCAUAGAUAGACCAGUGGUAAGACAGGAUGUGGUAAUAGCUAAGAAAUCUAGCACUAAAAAAUCUGCAGGCUCUAUUCAACAAGCAGGACUGCUUCCAUCUAAUAUGGAGGUAAUGAGUGACUUGAGUUUUCAGCAGAAAAAGCUGAGUUUAAGCCACAGAGCAAUCAAUGAAAGCCAGACAGGUAAAAGUAUUUGGUGUGACAAAUCAAUUGAGAAGGAUGCUACAAACUAUGACAUUUGUUUGCCACAAAGGAAGUGUCAAAGUGUAAUCAGUCCUUCUUCUGAUGACACGUCCUCUAGAGAAGAAGGCUCAUCAAGUGAUAAUGCCCCAGUGUCUUAUUUUGUCCCUGACUAUGUGCUUCAGAAAAGCAUGUAUACUUCUCAGAAAAGUACAGAUGGCUUGGAGAAAGAGAAAAUUAAAAGUGGUGGGUCCCUUAAUGAAGAUGAAGCGGUAGAAAAGGAGCAGAUGAACAGCUUGAAUGAUCAAGAUGACAAUUCUUCAGCCACUAAGGUUAAAGAGGCUUCCAGUAAAGGUAGAAAGCUGGGAGCUGUUUCAAGAUCUUCUACUAGGAAAGAAAUCAAUUCUCUCAACAAAAAAGCAGCUAAAAGUUUGUCAGAAGUUGAGGACUCAGAAGAAUAUUAUGUGAAGGGUGAAGAGGAGGAUGAAGAUGGAGAGGAUGAGGAGGAUGAGGAUGAUGACAUGGAUGAAAUGGAGUAUUUCUUUCAAGAAACCCUUCCAUAUGGCAUUUUGACACCAAAUAAAGGAAGCUUCUACCAAGUUGGCCGGAGAGUGCUUUGGAAACCACCUAAAAAUGCUGUACCAGCACAAUUAAUUAGCUGGCCUGCUCAAGAGAAAAUGAAAACUAGGAGUGGGCUUGUUGAAAAUAUUGGUGUAGUUUACAAGCCAAAGGAGAAAGAACAAGAUGAAGUUGUAUAUAGUGACUAUGGGUAUUAUGGAAGAAAGAGGCCUAUGACAAGAAGAGAAGGACUUGAGCACCAGCGAAUGCUACGGAAAUUCUUGGGAGGAAGGCUGCUAAGGGAGACCGUGGGGAUGCUGCCUGAAGAGUAUUGGAUUAGAAGUGGUGCUAAACCCAAAUUCAGUAGCCAAAUACAUGGUAGUCUCUCACCUCAAGCCAAGAGCAAAGACCAAGGAUGCCCACCUUCGGUUAAACCAAAGAAGAAAAGAAUAGGCAAGCCACCUUCAAAACGCAGGGACACAAGACUUGAGGUGGAAGAAGUGGUGUGGGAAAUGCCUAAAUACAGUAUACACCAAGGUUAG